UAGGAACACGGUGUAGCAAUAUCAGAUGUUAGCUAAGGCAUGGCGGCAAAGUCCGGAAAGUUAAAAGCAGAGCCAGGAAGGGAAGGAAGGCUAGCCAGCCUGAGUUGCUCCCCAAAAUGGAUAUUCCAGGAGAAACUCACCAAUGGGAGAAGGAGAAAUGCCUCUGCUGAAGGUCCUGAGGGAGAAGGAACAGAUGGCACUGUGAUCACUGGAGUUGAUAUGGUAAUAAACCAUCAUCUGCAAGUACCUAGUUUCACAAAAGAAUCCUACAAAAAGUACAUCAAGGACUACCUGAAAUCAAUCAAAGUCAUACUUGAAGAACACAACCCAGAUAGUGCAAAACUUUUUAUGACAGGAGCUGCAGAACAAAUCAAACACAUCCUUGCUAAUUUAAAAAAGGAUCAGUUCUUUACAGGUGAAAACAUGAAACCAGAUGGCAUGGUGGCUGUCUUGGACUUCCAUGAGAAUGGUGUGACUCCAUAUAUGAUUUUAUUUAAGGAUGGUUUAGAAACGGAGAAAUGUUAACAAAUUCAGCUGAUUACUUUGAAUCACCUGUCAUCAUAACUGGCUGCUGCUUUUUGUCAUCUAUACAACAUCAGGACUUGGACUGAUGUCAUCUUGAGCUUUAUUCAUUUAUUUUUUACCUUGAUUUAUGUGGAGUGGAGGCAUUGUUUUUAAAAAUGUGGCAUGUAGGUUGUCUAAAAUAAAACACAUUUAAACCCAUUUGAGAGAAUUCCUCUUGGUCUAAUGUUUUUUUAAGCUCAAAUUACAGUAACUUGCUACAGUUGUACCUCAAGAAUCAUUGUAAAGAUCAUUGACUGGUCUUAGGUUACUUUUCAGCAUGAGACACUUCAGAUAGACUUUUCUACAGUUGACUCUUGUGAAAAAGGGAAGAGAUGUCCACAAGUGUGCCAAAAAUAUGAAGUGGACCUUUCUACAUUCCAUUUCAUCUACAAGCUGAAGUAGAGUUAACUCUGGAAGAGAUUACAUCCAAACUGAAUAAAAUGAAAC